GAGACCAACUCGAUCAACUCCGGUGUGAGACAGUCUGACUGCGCGAAGGUGGAAGUAUUUGCAGGAUGGAGCAAGUGUGGAAGUUCCUCCUCCUCCUGGCCGUGUGUGGACCACACUCCAUCACUGGUGACUCCGCCCUCCCUGUGGGUCACCUGCAGCCUCUGGGGGGUCAUCGACCUCCGGAUGUCCCCAUAGAUGAGCUGCACACCAUCCCACAUCCACGGGAGUUUUGGGACAAGUAUGUGAAACAUGAGAAAGCUGUCAUCCUGAGAGGUGCAGCCAAAAACAGUCCUGCCUUUACAUUAUGGACAGAUGAGUACCUGAGGGACAACUACGGAAAACUAGAGAUUCGUCUAGAGGGCAAAAGAGAAAAACACAGCUGGCUUCCGAUUGGAGUAAAGGGGAUAGGACGAGACACCUUUGAACACUUCCUGGACACCUAUCACGACAGUGACGCGUACGUCGUGUCACAGUUACCCACCGACAUGUACCAUGAAGUCCUGGUACAGCCAUGUCUCACCUGUGGCUCCUUCCGUGAGAGUCUUGUGGAGAUUGAUCUGUGGAUGAGCUCUAACGGUGGCAGCAGUAUUCUCCACAAAGAUGCCUUCAACGCCAUGAACUGUCUGUACAACGGCACCAAACACUGGAAACUGAUCGAGCGCAAGUACGAACCUCUCAUACACAAGCACUGGGAGCCAUCACGGGAGAUUGGUGGGUUCUCAGACGUUAAUGUGCACGAGGUUGAUCUACUGAAGCACCCCAACAUCGCCAAAGUGCGCUGGUCCAACUUUACCAUUCAUGCAGGGGACUGUCUGUACCUACCCAAGAGUUACUGGCACCAGGUGGAGUCAGUAGGGGAUAAGAACGUCGCCGUGGCUAUCCUGUUUGCCAGGCUAGAGGAGUUUGAUGACUCUGACUGUGACACACAGAAGGUGGAGUACACACCCCUUAGUGACAUCGAGGUGAUGUGGAAUUGGCCAGGGUUUGGGAUGAUGACCAUGGGGUACAAUGAUUUGGAGUUGUCAAUGAGGGACCAACUGUAUGAAAUGGUGGAACAUACUGGAGGAAAAAUGACCAAGGAUCUCAUCUUUCAACUACUCAAGAUGGAGAUGCCUGAAUAUGAUGACGAAUUUCAUAUGGAGAAGGCAGAAAAGAGUUUCAAGGCUAUAGAUGUCAACUCUAAAGGCUACCUUACUGAGGAAGAUAUUGAAGCCUUGGACUGGGAUGCACUCAGGGCCUUCACACUGGAGUUUGAAAACCAGGAGCCUUCCAACACAGAGCUGUUUGAGUACUCCUACACAGUCCCCGAUGAGAUCCAGUAUACUAUUGAGUACCUGGCUAAGAAGAAUGGCCAGUUGACUAGGGCUGACUUUGUUCAUGCCUACAUGACCAGACUUGGAGGGACUGAAAAGUUUGCAACUGAGAUUUUUGACCGGCUGGUUGAGGACCUUGAUGGAGAUGUGGUCCAGGCUGGGGACCUGACACACGAGAGGAUGGAGUACGCCCUGGAAAACUGGCUCAUCCGGAUCAAACCGGAGAUGACUCCCGAGAUGGACCAGGAAUAUGAAGAAAGGAUGAAGGAGUUUGAACAAUAUGUUGACGUACAUAAACUUGGUGGUGAUAGUAAAGAUCAUACUGAGCUUUAG